UGAUAACUUUGAUAAUUUUGAUGAAAUGAAAUCAUCUCCCUCAAUUCUGCAGAAAAGAUAAGAGAAAAAUUAACAAAAUUGAAACAAGCAGCACCAAUUAUUUCUAUUUGGGGUCAUAAUGAGUGCUGCAAGGACAGUUCAUUCUCUUCUCUUAGUGAUCAAUUUUGUUUUUCUCUUUUCUUUUUCGCAUUCAUGCGAGGCACAAUGUCUUGAGGCUUGUGGGUUUAAUGCAAUAUAUCAAUUUGGAGAUUCAAUGUCUGACACUGGCAAUUCUAUCAUAGAGUUUCCUCAAGCUUAUCAUUCUCGAUUACCUUAUGGCAAAACAAUAGGAAAAGCAACUGGUAGAUCUUCUGAUGGAUUGCUUAUAAUUGAUUACAUUGCACAAUCAGCUGGCCUUUCAUGGCUUGAACCGUACGAAAAUCCAAAUUCCACAUUCAAAAGUGGAGUUGAAUUUGGGUUUGCCGGAGCCGCUGCCUUGCCGGUUCAAACUCUAUUAAAAUGGAAUAUCCCACCCAGAAUCACUAAUAAUUCUCUCGAUAUACAGCUUCAAUGGUUUGACAAACACUUGCAUACCACUUGCAAUGUCACUCAAGAUUGCCAAGAAAAAUUAAAAUCAUCUCUCUUUAUGGUGGGGGAAAUUGGUGCUAAUGAUUAUGAUGCUGCCUUCAUUCAAGGCAAAACAAUUGAGGAGGUGAAGACAGUCAUGGUACCAGCAGUUUUGCAAGCAAUUAAGGAUGCUGUCACAAAAGUAAUUAGUUAUGGAGCUACUCGAGUGGUUGUUCCUGGAAUCUUCAAAGUGGGUUGUGCACCAGCUUUGCUAACAUUGCUUGCAUCAAACACAUCAACUGCCUACGAUACAUUUGGUUGCUUAAAAAAUUAUAAUGAUUUUUUUGCAUAUCAUAAUGAUCAUCUUCAAUUAGCACUUGAAGAAUUGAGAAAGGAACAUCCUACCGUGCAUAUUGUAUAUGCUGAUCUUUACAACGCACACCAAUGGAUCUUGGAUAAUCAUGUAAAACUUGGAUUUACGUCAAUAGUAGAAACUUGCUGCGGAAAAGGAGGCAAAUAUAAUUUUGCUAUGGGAAUGACGAAUAUGUGUGGAGCAGCAGGCAUACCUGUUUGUUCAAAUUCGAAGGGACAUGUUUUCUGGGAUGAAUGGCAUUUUUCACACGAAGCUAAUAAAUAUUUAUCAGAAUGGAUUAUUAAUGAUAUGUUACCAAAACUUCAGUGCAGCAUGUAAUUUCAAGUUUAUAAUUUUGUGACUAAACUGACAUUAUUUUAUUAUAAUUCCAUCUCUUUUAUAUCUUUAGCUUUUGUUUGGGAUUGUGAUUGGAAUG